AUGGAGUCUUUGGGAACUAUUGUAGAGGGAGAGUGGGGAUCUCUAAGUGGAAUGUCUACCAAUGAGGAGGCUGAUUUCAUGGCCCAACUGCUCGGAAACUGUCAGUUUCCGAAUGAUUUAGAUGGCAACACAAACUUCGGAAACGCGUUAGCGUUUUGGCCUGGCCAUCAUGAAUCAACAAUAAACUUGUCAGGUUUUAAUGAAGGUUCUUGUUAUUCUUUGGAUGCUGGUAAUAAUAAUACUAGUUCAUAUAGUUAUAGUGGUGGUAGUAGUACUGUUCUUUUUCCAAGUUCAUCCAGCCAGGAAAGCCACUAUUUGAGUGAUUCACAUCCAAUUUUGGUCACUAAUAAUACAAGUUCCAUGUCAAUGGAUUUUUGUUUGGGGGAUGCAAACAACACCACCUCUUACCUAAUUGAAGGCGAUGAAUGUUUGAACCAAGAGAUGAGCGAUGGCAAUAAGGAAAAUCAGUCCAAAAAUGAAUCCGGGAUGCAACUACCAGAGCCAGUUCCUGAAGAGAAAAUCAUCACCAACUCAUCUGAGAACUCUAGGAAAAGAUCUAGAAGCACAACUGAUGCUCAAAAGAAUAAGAAGAUUUCCAGGCCGAGGAAAAACCAGAAGACUGUUUCACCAAGCAACAAUGAACAGGAAGAUAAUAGUAAAGGUGGUCUUAACAGGCAGACCUCAAGCAGUUGCUGCUCGGACGACGAUUCGAAUGCCUCUCAGGAACUAAAUGGAGGAGAGACUUCAAGUUUGAGCUCAAAAGAGAAGGCAGCUCUCAACCUCAAUGGCAAAACUAGAGCCAGUAGGGGCUCAGCAACUGAUCCUCAAAGCCUGUAUGCAAGGAAAAGAAGAGAAAGAAUCAAUGAGAGGCUCAGAAUUUUACAGAACCUUGUUCCUAAUGGAACAAAGGUUGACAUUAGCACAAUGCUUGAAGAAGCUGUCCAGUAUGUGAAGUUUUUACAACUCCAAAUUAAGCUCUUAAGCUCUGACGAUCUAUGGAUGUAUGCUCCUAUUGCUUACAAUGGAAUGAACAUUGGACUUGAUCAUUUCAAAGUCACUGCACCUAGGUGA